UGUAGUUAUCUAUGGUACUAAUCCUCACCGCAUCAUUAGGAUGAUCCCUUCAAAGACGAUCACGUGGGCCUCCAUUUUUUGUCAAGGGCAAAACUCGCCCAACCUCUCUUUGUUUUGGUUUUGAACAACCUCGCUCAAUCAAUUCAACCUAGAUUCAAUCCUUCUAUCCAUCCACCCAUCAAACGAUAUGUAUAUGUAGAGCAAGACCAAUUCGGAAUUUGGAACGAACUCAGUCAAGUCUCAUUAUUCGAUUCUUUCUGACUCAUCAAUCAUCAUCAUCCCCUAAAAUCUAUACAUAACACAUCCCUGCUAUUCAUUCUGUCCUCGACACUUUCUCGACCCCCCCAUGAGCCCAUGAGAGCGGCUUAGGACAGAGUCGAGGCUUAAUUUUGUCAAGCAUCAUGUCCGGAAGGCUCUUGACCCGCUGCGGAAUUCACCGCAUACCACUGACCCCGUCCAGCCUUUUACCGCCCUCCAGCCGUGCCAUUCCGGGCGGGAUGGGGGCCGUUGGGGCCGUUAGCCAACGAUACGUGGGAUCAUCCAUGACUCGUGUGCCCUGUGGUCGCACGCUCAAUCGGCAUUGGCCGGGCGGUUCCCCGGGGGCAGAGCUGUUGUCCACCACGUUGGCCCACCCGUCUGAACCGCAUCCCGAUGAGACGGCUGGUGCCUCUGGUGCCUCUGGUGCCUCGGCUGCCUCGCUAGCCGCCUCUUCUUUAUCUUCGGAUGCCGGGUGUGUUCAGAGGCACCGCUCGCCAUCCCCUUCGGACGGCCUGGAUUUUUUCGGCGUGGGCGAGCUGUUCACCCUGCGUGAUUUGUUCCAAUCCCGAGUCCAUUUGGGUCACGUUCACCGGGCUUUGAAUCCGUCUAUGGCGCCCUUCGUAUAUGGCCACCGAUUUGAUACCUCCAUCAUCGAUCUCAACCAAACGCGGCAUCUUUUACACCGGGCCCUGAACUUCUUGGCCCACAUGUCGGCUCGUGGUGGGAUCGUGUUAUUCGUGGGACGACAGCCUCAUUUGACCCAUAUGAUUGAAAAAACAGCCAUUGAAGCGGGCGAAUACGCCCACUGCCGACAGUGGUCCACUCAUCUGUUUUGUUCUCCCCACAAUACCUUUGACGGCGAGGUUCGACUUCCCGAUGUCGUCAUUGUGGUCCAUUCGAAAGACGGCGUCAAGUAUACGGAUCACGGUGCCAUAACUCAUUCGGCCAAAGUGGGUAUUCCCACAAUUGGCAUCGUGGACACGGACUGCAAUCCCAAUAUCAUCACCUAUCCUAUUCCCGGCAAUGAUGAUUCGCCCUCUGCCGUCCAACUCUAUCUACGACUAUUCAAGGAGGCUAUUUUAUUAGGCAAGGCCUACCGGCAAAAGGCCUAAUUCAGUGAUCAGUGUUCUUUAUUAACGUGUGUAACCAAAAUAAAAAAGUAAAAAAUGUAACAACAA